GAGAUGUUUUCUAGAUACUUUCAAAGCUUUCAUGACUCGUGAAUAUAGAAACCAUCAUGUCUAUAUCACACCACUGUAAGCAUGCAGUUUCAUCUUUUCCUCUAACCUUGUUAUCAUUUUCAUUUCCCUUUUGCUUUGAAGGUAAUAAUGGGCAGGAUAAUCGAGAUUCCUGUGAACUGUUCCAAGUGAUCAGUGCUAAAGAUGGAACGGAGAAGUUUAGAAUUCGAAUGGAAUUUGAAAGCCAUGAGAGAAACCAGUCAAAGAAUUUGAAUCAGGAAAGCUCAUCUUACACUGAUGCUCCAAUGCAAGACUUUCUUGCCCAAGAAGAGAAUAUAAGGCAAAAAUAUACUGGAAAAAGUGUGAAACUAAUCAAACCAAAAGUACAAGUAAAUGAACACUAUUUAACCCCAAACAAAGGAGAAGGUGCUAUAAGAAGACACAACGGACAAAAUUACAAUGGGACAUUCAUUCUUUCUCUUGGGAAUAACUUCCUUACAUCUCAAAAAGUGAUUGACACAAAAGAGAAGCCUUAUAAAUGUUUGGAAUGCGGAAAAUGUUUUAGAACAAACAGGCAACUUACUAUCCAUACAAGGAUCCACACUGGGGAUAAACCAUAUAAAUGCAUAGUGUGUGAAAAGACUUUUGCUCAAAGAGGUAAUCUUAUUUCCCAUAAGAUGAUCCACACAGGGGAUAAACCAUAUAAAUGCACAGAGUGUGGAAAGACCUUUGCUCAAAGAGGUAAUCUUAUUUCCCAUAAGAUGAUCCACACAGGGGAUAAACCAUAUAAAUGCACAGAGUGUGGAAAGACCUUUGCUCAAAGAAGUAAUCUUAUUUCCCAUAAGAUGAUCCACACAGGGGAGAAGCCCUAUAAAUGCAUGGAGUGUGGAAAGACCUUUGCUCAAAAAGGUUAUCUUAUUUCUCAUAAAAGAAGCCACACAGGGGAGAAGCCGUAUAAAUGUAUGGAGUGUGGAAAGACAUUUACUCGAGGCAGUGAUCUUAGAAGACACAAAAAGAUCCACUCAGGAGAGAAACCAUAUAAAUGCAUGGUGUGGAAAGAUCUUUGCUCAGAGCAGUGGCCUUAGAAGCCACAAAAAAGAUCUACUCACGAGAGAAGCCAUUUAAAUGCAUGGUAUGUGGAGACAGUUUUAUUCACAAUGGUCAUCUUAUAAAAGGAUCCACGCUUGGGAGAAACUAUAUAGCAAUAGCAAUUCCACUUAGACUUAUAUACCACUCCACAAUGCUUUACCACACUCUGAGCAAUUUAAAAAGUCAGCAUAUGGUCCCCGGCAAUCUGGGUCCUAAUUUUAGGGACAGCAGAAGGAUGAAAGACUCAAUCAACCAUGAGCUGGUCAGGAUCGAACUCCUGGUUAUGGACAAUUAGCCGGUAGUACUGCAUUUUAACCACUGACCUUUAUAGGUCUCUAUAGAUUUGUAUGUGUAUGAUCCAAAUGAGACAAGGUUGAAUCCAAGAAAUUGAAAUUUAAUGUGGAGAAAAGUAAGAUUUUACACCUGGGCAGGAAAAACAUUACAGGAAACCUGGCUCAAAAACCGUAACAGUGAGAGGGACCUUGGGAGUCCGAAUGGAUGAUCACUUAAA